AGAACAACGCGUGCUAUUUAAUAGUAAUUUUUUAAUCAUUACUCUUCGCACACUUUUUUUGCGUUAUUGUUGAGUGUAAACAAAGCAUUUAAAGUUAAUAUAUGAAAUAAAAAUCAGCAAUCAAAUUAAACGUAAAACUUUAUUUGCUAUUGUAAAGUUGCCUUGCUUAAUUCAUUAAGUUAGUUUGUAGAGUACUCUUUCUUUUUGUGUCGCAAUGGGUGAAACUACAUUCUCGGAAGAGGAGAUGCAAGUUUUCCGAAAACUCUUUGAUGACUGGGACGGAAACAAAGACGGUGUCAUCCAGAAAGAAGAGAUCGGACCAGCGUUGCGGGCGGCGGGCGCGGACCCGAGCGAGAAAGAGAUUUCCGAAUUCAUGACUCGGGCCGACACUAACAAUGACGGAGUCGUGGAUUUCAACGAGUUCACCAACAUGAUCGAAGAAAUUAAGCGGACAGUCCCGAAAGAGACUUUGCUUCGAGAAGCUUUCAAGGCAUUUGAUAUCAACGGCGACGACAAGGUGUCUUCUCAAGAGCUGAAAGCAUUCCUGCAGAAGUACGGUGAGACCCUAACAGACGAAGACGCUGAGGAGCUGAUUGGCCUCGGCGACGUUGACGGCGACGGAAUGCUGAAUGUCGAGGAGUUCAUACGCGCGCUUCAAGAGUUCGACUAGCUGAAUUGUCAGCGGAAUUCAAUUCCCAAUUCUUUUGAAACUUUUUUGCUCAAGUUUCAUUUCAAUCAAUUAUGUAGUAUAAAAUAUUGGUAGAAAAAAUUGAGUUGCACGUCU